UUCAUCAAGUGCCUUAAAUUAUAACUUAAGACAAGUUAUAGGGCUUCUCUUGGACUUGCUCUAAACCCCAAACCCCAACUCUUUCUCGGCGAGAUUUUCAAUCGAGUCGACGAUUUAGUCGAUGGAUCCUUCCAUUGCUUUCAUCAGUCUCUCUCUCUCGCGCGCGCACACACUCAAACACAAACACUUUCAGCACAAUUUUGCCUAAUUUUACGUCUAAUUUGCAUUUUCUUGAUUAUAUGUUUAAGGAGGCUUCAACUGUACUCAAAACUGAGGGCACUGAUAGAGCAGAUGAGCUGAAGAAAGGUGUAGUUUAUUCUCCAUCAGCUUCAAGGCUGUGGAGACCAGCUGCUCAGAGAAAUCUCAGAAACCAGUGGGCUAACUUGUCUUCUUAUAAACACAAAUGGGCCUCUCUUUCUUCUUCUGCUCGUUCACAUGCCACUUCUUUUGUUAAUUAUUCCCUUUCCUUAAGGUAUAUGGAUGCUAGGGAUUUGGGCGUGUUGACUGAUUUACCUGGUAUAAAAAACAAAGCUUCUCUUAAAUUGUUUAAGCAGCAGGAGCUUCAUAGGAGUAAGCUUUUAGCUUCUUACAGGAAUAUGGUCACUAUAGUGAAUCAAAUGGUGAAUUCUGGUGCUUCGAUGAGAUGUUUCCUUAAAGGGGUUGACAAUAGCUCAAUUUUACAAUAUUCAAAUUCUUCUUUGAACAGUACCGAUGUUGGUGAUGGAGGGGGAAUCCCGGCCUUUACAUUUCGGUCAAUUUCUUCUUUCGAGGAAUUAGCAGAGGAGCUUAUACAUAUGUUUAUUCUGGAACUCAAUUUAAAGCGGCUGCUAGUUAUAGAGUUUAUUUCCAUCAUUAAUGAGGAUGUCCAAAAAGAUAAUGAACUGUGCUGGCUGGACGAACUAUAUUCUGGCGAGUUUGAUGACUUGAGUAAAUGCAAUUUGUACUCAACAGAAGCUUGUGCACCACUUCUUCCAAAUAUAAAGGGGAGAAAACCAGGUAAGCUAAAGCUGCAAGCAGAACACCAGCCAGAUGAAGAUGUUUUACAGGUGUACUUGACAACUUGGCUUGCAGAUGUCAAUAUGGAUAAAUGCAGGGUGGAUGAAAUAUUUACUUCUGUUGCGGAGGAAAUGAAUGUUACCCUUGUGUGAAACUGGUGUUUGUAGCAGGUAGAGCAACCAGAAGCAACAUAUGACGAAUUAAAAUCCUUUUUUUGGGAGGCCUCUAUUCUGGAUUUUGAGAGGCUUGGUUGGGGGUUAAUAUAUUAACAGGAUGAAAACUCAGGCUUAACAAGAACCUUUAUAUCUGUACAUGUAAGAAUGUUGAAUCAAGAUGUGUGAAUGAAUACGAAUUAGUGAUAUACA